UCUAGUACUGCGCAUGCUCUAAUGGAUUGGUUUGGGAACUGCUCUCGCUGCCGGAACUAAUGUAGUAUCACCGGUUUCUGGGCCGUGUGUGGAUGAUCUGUACAAACUAGUGGCUGUUAAGAGCAUAUGUGUCCAGUAUUUGACAAUGCUACAGUUAUAAUUCUCGAUCUUAGUUUUUUGUAGACUGCUGCUGAAUGAGUUGUUUGCCUAACCCUAGUGUAGUGCUUGGAGCUGUUUCUGAACUUGGAGCACCAUCAUAUCCCCUGUAUUUACCUUAGAAAUGACAAUGCCAUUGUAUGUGGCAAAACCGUAGUGGACGACCUUUUUGGUGAAAGGGGCGAUGGUAGUGCCAAGAGAAGCAGAGGCAUGUCGUCCACGGAAGGACCAAGGAGCGAUGGUGUUGUGGCUGCCCCUCUCAAUACUGGCAGCUGCUUCUCCCCUGCGACUCUGCCUGGAUUUACACUGGUGGUGGGCGCGGGACUACUGGCAGUGUUGGCAUUUUAUUAUAUCAAAAACGAGUUGUCAUUAAUUUUCAUGCUAUUGAACUUCUGCCCGUACUUGUGUAUCUACUUACUGUGUGUCCUGCUCAUCAUGUUAGUGGUCCUGGUUAAACACAAUCUACCACGAAAGCCGGACUUUACCUGGAUGAAACCUGUGUCGGGGGCGUCACGUUUACUGAAAUCACUGGCCCAGCGACAGGCACGUGUCCAUGAAUCAAGCUGUUCAAGGAGAGUGGUAAUUUCCCACAACAUGGACAAGGCAUUAAAAGAAGUAUUUGACUAUGGCUACAGGGAUUAUAUUCUGACUUGGUAUGGAGAACUUAGCAGAGAUGAAGGACAGCUGUACCACAUGUUGUCUGAGGACUUCUGGGAAGUGUCUAGGCAGCUGCACAACAGACUGAGUCACAUGGAUAUAGUGAAAGUAGUCUGCAUAGACAUGGUCAAGGCUUUACAUUCUCAUUUCUGUAACCUCAAACCAUUAAACUCAAGACAAGAGGAGCUUCAACGACCAAUGAUUCUACAUUCUUUCUUAAGAAGCACAGAAGAAGAGAUCAGUUUCCUCAGAACAUUUUCCCGUGUCUUAGUUCUCUGCCUCAUACCCUCAAAGGAUUCCUAUUCACAUACUUUACGGAUAGUCCUUGCAGAAAUACUUGCAACAAAAGUGUUGAAACCAAUGGUAGACUUGCUCAGUGAUCCAGACUAUAUUAAUCGAAUGCUGCUUACCCAGCUGGAGCAUCGUGAACAGGUCACUGAACACCAUAAGAAGGCCUACACUUAUGCACCUUCAUAUGAGGAAUUCGUCAAACUCAUCAACGGGAGCAAUGACAUUGAGUUCCUGAAGAUGCUGAGGUACCAGAUUGUUGUUGAAAUAAUUCAUGCAACUACAAUCAGCAAUUUACCACAGAUGAAGAGACAGAAAGAUUCUAAAGGCAAAGAAACAGCUGCAAUGAAAGCAGACCUGUUGCGAGCUCGAAAUGUGAAAAGGUACAUUAACCAGCUAACAGUUGCCAAGAAACAAUGUGAAAAGAGAAUAAAACUUCUUGGAGGACCAUCAUAUGACCCUCAGGAUGAUAGCACAGCAGAUGAAGUUGAUGGGCAUCAAGGCCAGAAGAUUGUUCAGUUUGAAGAGAUCCUAGCCAAUCCUUCUUACCGGCAACUAUUCCGCGUGUACAUGGAAAGGAUGGAUAGAAGAGUACUCAUCAGUUUCUGGGAGGAAGUGGAAUACUUGAAAAAUGCAAAUAAGAAUGAAAUACCUCAACUUGUUGGCAAGAUUUAUCAAACGUACUUUGAGGAAAGUCGAGACAUUCCAGUGGAGAAGGCACUUUACAAAGAAGUUCAGCAAACUCUUGUAGGCAACAAAGGGAUUGAAAUCUUUAUCAAAAUCCAGAGUGAUGUCUAUGAGAUUUUAAAGGAAAGGUACUAUCCAUCAUUCCUUGUAAGCAAUUUAUACGACAGACUAAUGAAGGAGGAGGAAGAAAGAGGCACUUUACAGUCUGCUACUCAGGACAAAGAUGGCCUGAUCCAGGCAUGUGAUGGUGGUGAAGAAGUCAUAGAUGAAGGCACCAGUAGUAUUACAGAGCAAGCCAGUUAUGCUGUAACUAAACUACAUCGAUUAAUUGAGAAACUUGAAUAUAAGAAAAAAGCUCUCGACUCCAUCCAGAAUGCUCCAAAACCAAAGAAAAAGAUAGUGUCCCUGUUGACUGAUGAGAUUGCCUCAAUGGAGAAAGAACAGAAGGAUCUUGAACUACAUAUCUCAAGGACAGAUUCCUGGUGUGAAAACCUGGGCACAUGGAGGGCCAGUAUUCUCAGCAGUGAGGUUCGAGAAGAGAAUGGGGAACAAAUGCCAUCCUAUAAUGUCACAGUACACCUCCAUGAAGCCAGUGAUUCUGAUGCAAAUAGCUGGAUGGUUCCCAGAAGGCUUAGUGAGUUCCAGUGCCUACACAAGAAGCUCACUGAGUGUUUCCCAUCUUUGAAAAAGGUCCAAUUGCCUUCUCUUAGCAAGCUGCCAUUCAAAUCAGUUGAUCAGAAAUUCAUGGAGAAAUCCAAAAUCCAGCUUAAUGGUUUUCUACAGAAGCUGCUGUCUGAUGAGACACUGUGCCAGAGCGAGGCUGUCUAUGCCUUUCUGAGCCCCUCCCCAGAGCACCUCAAGGGCACUGAUGUACAAGGAAAGAAAUCUAUAUUUUCACUUUCUUCCUUUCUGGAAAGAUUUCCUGGAGAUUUCUUUUUCCACCAGGAGGAGGAAAUUGAAGAGGACAGUGACCUUUCUGAUUAUGGAGAUGAGCUAGACGGGAAAAAAGAUUCUUUGGCUGAACCAUGUUUUAUGCUGAUUGGAGAAAUUUUUGAGCUUCGAGGAAUGUUCAAGUGGGUCAGAAGGACAUUAAUUGCACUUGUACAAGUCACUUUUGGAAGAACUAUAAACAAGCAAAUUAGAGAUACUGUCAACUGGAUCUUCAGUGAACCAAUGCUUGUUUACUACAUAAAUGUUUUUCGUGAUGCUUUUUGGCCAAAUGGAAAACUGGCUACACCCAAUGAGCCUAGAACAGAAGACCAGCGUCAAGAAACCAAGGUUAAAGCACAACAGAAACUACUUGACAGUAUUCCAGAUGCACUACAAAACCUUGUGGGACAGCAGAAUGCUCGGCAAGGUAUAAUCAAAAUUUUCAACACAUUACAGGAGUCUACAGCUAAUAGGCACCUUCUGUAUGUGCUGAUGGAACUGCUGCUGUUUGAACUUUGCCCUGAACUUCGAUUGCAUUUAGAUCAGUAUGAAGAUGUUGACAUCUGCAAAGCACACAUGGACCACUAAAGAAAUGUCUAUGCAUAGCAAUAGACAUGGCAUCUAUAUUUUCCUCUCUUUACAGAGGGCUAAUUUAAGACUCAAUUUCCCUUAAUUUUAUUUAAAACAUUUGCAUUGGACAUGAAUUGUUAGGAAGUGAUGUAAAGCAGGUUUGAUUUUUUUAAUUUGAAGGUUUCUGAGAAUGAACUUUUUCAAUCGUACAGCACACUCGAUUUCUGAUACUGAUGCAAGCUGUAAGAAUCAGAGAAGUGUUUUAUGAAUUAAGAAAGGUUAAUAAUUUUGUUCACUGGUUAUGGAGAAGUGAAUGUUCAAUUUAAAUUUCCUCUUUGAGGAUCACAAGCAUUCCUUUUCUGUCUGUUGGAGAGUGUUGUGCAAUAGGUACUGUAUGGUUGUUGUAUUGAUUUUAUUGUUGUCUAUAGAUCUUUUUUUUUUUUUACCAAAGAUUUAAAAUAAGUUAGUUCAUUUGUAAGCAAUAAAUAACAAAAUGAGGACACAAAA